GGCCGGUCCAGUGGUUCAACAUAGUGUGCGCAACGUGUGCGAGUAGUUUCAUCCAAACGAGACUAGCACUCGGAGAAUGAUUAGGCCUACACUAUAGGAAUUCUCAUUGGCACUCGCUUUCGUGGUAGUCUUGACCAACGGAUAAGGGUUUGACGGUAAAUAUAGACACGAGAUCAUGUGCAGUCUAGACUACGGUUGGUGUACCCCCUCGUAAUCAGGCGGCAAACCCGUUUUUGGUUAGACCGAAUUCUUCUUGAGCACUGACAUUUUUCUCAUCACAUACGAGUUGUCAUUUUACUGCGAGCAGUGCGCUGGCGUAGGAUAAAUAUGUCUCACAAAAGUUGUUAUACAAACCCUGGCACUGGGGGGAAGCGACCUCGAAACGACAAGGGGAACAAGGUGACAGUUGUACUUGGUGCACAAUGGGGCGAUGAAGGGAAGGGGAAAGUGGUGGAUUUGUUGGCGACAGAGUCGGACAUCAUUUGCAGAUGCCAGGGCGGUAACAACGCAGGUCACACGGUGGUCGUGGAUGGGAAGGAAUAUGACUUCCACCUCCUCCCCAGUGGGAUCAUCAACUCCAAAGCUGUUUCUGUGAUCGGCAAUGGUGUGGUCAUUCAUCUGCCAGGCUUGUUAGAAGAAGCGGAAAAAAAUGAAAAGAAAGGCCUUAAAGACUGGGAGAAGAGACUGAUCAUCUCAGACAGGGCCCACAUUGUGUUUGACUUCCACCAGGCAGUCGACGGGCUCCAGGAGGUACAGAGACAAGCACAGGACGGGAUAAAUAUUGGAACCACAAAGAAAGGCAUCGGACCGACCUACUCUAGCAAAGCGUCACGUACAGGGCUGCGUAUCUGUGACCUCCUAGAUGAUUUCAAAGACUUUUCUACGAGGUUCAAGAACCUUGCUCAGCAGUACCAGGCUAUGUUCCCCACACUGGUGGUAGAUGUUGACGGUCAGCUGAACAAAUUAAAGGAGUAUGCUGAGCGGAUAAGACCCAUGGUGCGAGACGGUGUCUAUUUCAUGUACGACGCUAUUAAUGGACCCCCUAAGAAGAUUCUGGUGGAGGGCGCGAACGCUGCCCUGCUUGACAUUGACUUUGGUACAUACCCAUUUGUGACAUCAUCAAACUGCACCGUGGGUGGUGUGUGUACAGGACUGGGCAUCCCACCUCUGAACAUUGGUGAUGUGUACGGGGUUGUGAAGGCCUACACUACUAGGGUGGGCAUCGGGGCGUUCCCCACAGAACAACUCAAUGAGGUUGGGGAGCUGCUGCAGACGCGGGGCCAUGAGGUGGGCGUGACCACAGGGAGGAAACGACGCUGUGGUUGGCUGGAUCUGGUCAUCCUGCGUUACGCCAAUAUGAUAAACGGCUUCACGGCGUUUGCAUUAACCAAACUUGAUAUCCUUGAUGUGAUGGAUGAAAUCAAAGUGGGAGUGUCUUAUAAACUCAAGGGCAAAAAGAUUCCCUAUUUCCCAGCAAACAUGGACGUCCUGCAGAAAGUGGAGGUGGAGUACGAGAAACUGCCUGGCUGGAAGAGUGACACCUCAGCCUGUAGGAAGUGGGAAGAUCUGCCAGGCAAAGCCCAGAACUACAUUCGCUUUGUGGAGAACCACGUUGGUGUACCCAUCAAAUGGGUUGGAGUGGGCAAGGCCAGGGAGUCUAUGAUCCAGAUGUUCUAGGACACAACAAGACCUUUGUCCUUCUUCUCUCCAUGAAGGUGAAUUGAGGUGGUAUGGCUUAAUCUUCUCUGGUCAGAUUUCUUCUGUUCUUCUGUGCAGCAGCUGCACAGACCCCAACUCCUGGACUAACAAACAGGUUCAAAUGAGAGUUUGUGCAACCGCCAUGCUCUACUAUACAUGCAACCACCAUGCUCUACUAUACAUGUAACCACCAUGCUCUACUAUACAUGUAACCACCAUGCUCUACUAUACAUGCAACCACCAUGCUCUACUAUACAUGUAACCACCAUGCUCUACUAUACAUGCAACCACCAUGCUCUACUAUAAAUGGUUCAAAAAAACACAAUGACGUGAGCAAAUAAUAGUUAUAUUGAUUGUGUCACAGUAGUUCUUCUCUGUUGCAAUUUACAAACCAUGAAAUUGUCUUAGGUGAGUUCAAAUAGACUUGUUUCUGUUCCAAUUCCGUUCUUUGCACUGAUACAGCAUUUUCGUCUUUUGUUGAAUAUUGUUUUGAUUUGAUAUUGCCGUCAUGUCAGCUAACAUACGUUGUUUAGACUUGAAUUAACAUUGGCCAAUAUCUGAUGUCUAAUAUAGUACUUGCAUGCUAGAACUACAGCUGAUAUGUCAAACUAUUUUGAACAAUGCAAUGUGCAAUGGCCAGAAUGAGGUAGUUGUAUGACAUGUUGUUGUCAAGGUGGAAGUCAUGUGUCCUGAUACUUGUCCAUGAACUGAAGUGCAAUACUGUAUUUUGCUGUCCACAUUAUGUUAAAAAAUCACAGGGAACCUGUUCUUUUAUUGUAGCAAUUAGAGCUCGGUUUCUAUGGAUCUUUCUGCCAGUCAAAUAGAUUUUUUCCCCAGUAAUAGUAUAUCCCCCAUUGACAUUGUACUGUAACAGCUAAGAAAAUGACACUGUGAUACCCCAAAGGUUUUCUAGUGCAACACUUUUACAAGUGGAAAUCUGAUAUGCAAAUAAAUCUGCUACAUCACA